UCCCCCCGCCCCCCGCUGCGACCGCGGACAGACAGAGGCAAGUGGACCGGUUUCAAGCUAAGCUAACUCAAUCACAUUGCAGCUGGUUAAAUUUGAUUGUUUGCGUCGGUUCCGUUUUCCGGCACAAGCGCGCAUAUUUUUAGGAAAAAUCAGAGCUACCUGCGAAUGUUUUGUCCAGCGGGCUAAGAAGCAAAAACCGGCAUUUAUUUUGUGAAACCGUGAAUUGGCGCCAGUCGUGUUGACAACAACGCUAUUUGGUCACGUCCCCCUCGGUGUUGUUGUUUGUAGCGGCUAAGCGAACGAGCUAACUGUUCAUUUCCGUUAGCGGGAGAAAAAAAAAAAAAGAAAAAAAAAUCUCACGACCGCCGAAGUAAAGUUUGACGAUGGCCGAUUUCCUCGAAGAUCCGUCCGUUCUCACGAAGGAAAAGCUGAAGAACGAGCUCGCGGCCAACAACGUGCCGCUUCCCGGCGGAGAGCAUAAAAAAGAGGUGUACGUGCAGCUGUACCUGAAGAACCUCACCGUCCUAAACGAGAAGAAGAGUCCUCCCGUCGACAUGUUCUCCAGCGACGAAGAGCUGCCCCCUCCCGUGGUGUCCAACAAAAGUCGAUCUGGAAGAAAAGCUACGAAAAAGACUGACAAGCCUCGCUCGGAAGAAGUGGAGGUGACGGACCUCACCGAUGAAGAUCUGAAACAGCAGCUGGAAAAACACGGCGUGGUCUCGGGACCCGUUGUUGCCUCCACCCGGAAGUUUUAUGAGAAGAAGCUGCAGAAGCUUUUGGACCAGCCUCCAGCUGAACCUCAACCCCCUACGGACCUCACAGCUCUCCCCAAGGCAGACAGUAACCAGAACGGCAACACCAAUUCUGACCAGUACAGUGACAAGGAAGAUGAGGAGAUUGCUGAACCUGAACCCGAACCUGUUCCUGUGGUGGAGAAGCCUGUGAGGAGCAGAGGGAAAACUCCAGUUACAGCCAGAACGAGCAGCAGCAGACGACAAAUGAAGGUGGUGGAUGGGGUGAUUACUGAAGACACUCCUAAGAAGGCCAACAAGAGUGUUGUUGAAGAUAUUCUUGCCAAUGAGAUAAACACACCAACAGGCAUGAGUGCAACCUGCCGGCGUCCAAUCCGGGGGGCAGCGGGUCGACCAUUAAAACCAAGCGAAUACUGGCUGGACGAGUCCCGUUUGCAGCACAGCAUCCACAGCGAGACCCGCUCUUACUCCGAGUCUUUAUCCAGGGUGGGCGGCUCCGUCUCCCCAGGCAAAGCGCCGGCCCAACAAGGCUUCCUGUCUGUGUUGCUCAAGCUCCUGCUCCUCGUUGCGGUGGCCGGGUCCCUCUUUUAUGGCUACCGGAACCUGGACGCCGACACCUUCGACACCCUCAAAGGCACCCUGGACCGCGUCGUCGUCGUCCCCCUGCAGGGCGCCGUGAGCAGCGCAGCCACCUACCUGGGCCUCGGCGGCGGCAGCGCUGCAGAGAUUGCCGGUAAGUAAAGACCCUCAGCAGUCACUCCUCUCCGACGCCCACGCCUCCUCCUGGCCGCCUGCCACCGCGCGGCACACCACAACUCAAGCAGCAUACCCGGCUCCCCUCUUGCUCCCACCCGCCCGGUUGGACAAAGGUUGCAGAUUCAAUUGGAACGCUGAACUUUCUCCUUUUCUGGACUUUGGCUUUCCUCCCGCCACGAGGAGAUACAGUAGCUUCUGGAUAACACUGUUUAGCGGCAGUCAGAAGAGACUCAUUUUAUUGUUCGUUUAAUCUGUGCAUUGUUUGUGUCUUUGUGUGUAUUUGACCCUUGUGUGUAGAAGGAGGUGCCGAGUGGGGAGGCCAGUUUGUCCAUGCAUGGUUGUAGUUUUUGACGGUCAUACUGUAGUUUUCUAACUCUCUGUGCCAGGUGUUUUUUCUGACGGUGAAGUGCCUGGACACGCUUAGCACGUAGUGCCCUCCCGUUUUUAAGCACAAUGCAGUGCUACUACUAAUACCGGAAUGUUAUGUGUUUUCUGUCUGAAUUUCUAAAUUUUCUCUGUAGCUAUAGAGGUAGGUAGAGUGAUUCAUUAUUUCUAUGGUGCUCAGGUCGAGUCGGCGCAAACUUUUUAAUGAACUCUGUGCUGGGAGGAGACACUUGGUGUAAUCAGGUCACAUCACCGCAUGAGGAAAAUCCGCCCAGCUUUAGGUUGAGGUAUUGAAUACAUUUUAAGUGGCUGUUGGUCCCUGCUCGAGUCAUUUUAUACGUGGCUCUGUGAUUAAAAUCAUGAUUUUGCUAAUUCUUUUUUUACUAUUAAAGUUAAAAUGAAACUCCUUUUAGUUCAGAUUAUCUUUUCAUUUGACAAUUCCUCAUGGAGGAAACUCAAAUUGCGACGUUCGAUCAUGAACUAGUGAUUUUCCUGUUCUGCCCGUGUGUCCGUUGGGGUUUACAUGCUUUGGGUUUUAGUGCUCUGUUGUGCUUUUUCUUUAGUUUUGUUUUAUUUAGAUUUCUGAUCCUUCAGUCCUAUCAGCAGGAUUGGCAGCUGCAGUGCACCCACAUAGCCCACCGUACUGACUGCGUGUGUCCAAACCUGGCGGAUCUGCAAAAAAAGAGACGCAUGGAGACAGUUAGUCAAGUUAUUCUCCUCAGAGCUGUCUGACUAGAGCCAAUUACCACAAUUCAGAGACGUUUCUCUGGGCGGGUUGUUUAUCUGCUGGAAGAGGCGAUGCAUUCACUGGCGGAUGUUGGGAGGAAGUCUUUGCCAUCUUUGUUUCUAUUUUGAUAUUUUUCUAAAAUGGUAUGUUCCACUUUUUAUAGCACAUUUGAAAGCAAUAUGUAAUACACACAAGUGAUACUGUAUCUUUUGCUGACUGAACGCAAAUGAGUUUUUAACAGGCAGUUCUCCCUCAAUGGUAAAAAACAACAGGGGUUAUGUGGGUAAGGAUUGUAAAUCUGUUUAUUUAUGAUCAUGUAGGCGAUGUAUCAUAAAAUAAACUUUCACACAAUUUUU